GCAGCAGUGAGUGGGAGAGGAGGCACUGCCGCCUGCCCCGCAGGCUGACCCCGCUCCCAGGCACAGCCAAGCAUCCCUGCCUCAGCAAGCUUGGCCAAGCGGGAAGCCGACUGGUAACAAACCCAUUCGCCGGCAUCUGGAGAAAGAGUGUAUUGCCAUGUUUUCUGAGGUGCUGGAUAUGCAUUCUGGAUACGGAUCAAGCUUUUCAGAUGCUAAGAACCACAUUCUGGCCAGUGCAUGCCCUUGUGAUGCCUUUACUAGGACCUGUCCCCUUUGGUCAAAAUUUGGCUCCAAUGUUUCUUGGUGCUUCAAAACAAUUACAGUCAAACCAGACAAACUUUCCAACAUCUUAUAAUUUGUGUUGUGAAAUGACAUUCUGCUUUGUUGCUUGUACCAUCAUCUAACAAUACCCCAGGAAAACCCAGGUGCUCCUGGUAAGAUCCAACCCUGGUAUGAAAACCAAAGAGCUGGUAGCUGAGAAUCCAAGUGUCCCUACCAGACAUACUCCCAAUCAUUUGAGGUGGAGCAUGGCUGGGAUGGAAAGUUGCUCCAUUGUCAUAAGCAUGCACAGAGGUGCUGCUUUACUUUGCCCUGAUAAGUGAAGGGAAGAAGAGCAACCUACCAAGCCAGGACCUAUCCUAUGCUAACUGCUGUGCACAGACACAGUAAGAGAUGGUCCUUAGUCUCCAAAACUUACAGUCUAAGGCUGGAGCAAACAUAGCUUCAUAUGGAUCAAAAGCAGGUUUUAUCAGCAUAUCACCUAGCUCAGAAGAAUAUGUGCUGCAUCCAGUAGUGCCUCUGCCCUUAACCACCCUUUCAUUCUCUCCCUUUGCCCAGUGUGUCCCACACUCAGUUUAAAGGGAAGAUUAUGACAACCGUUACUCAGCAUUUCAGGUGAAAAACAAAACACCUGUCUUUAGUCCUACUCAGACUGCCUAAUUCAGUGAAGUGGUCAUUUGUCACCUCUAUCUGUUGGGAAGCAGACAAAGAGAAAGCAGAAAGAAGAGACAAGCAGGAGGAGUCCUGCCCUUACCUUCACACUGAGCUGAAGAACUGCCUGGUUAGAGAAGAGGGUGUCCAAGCUGUCCCAUAAGCAGAAUAAACCAUUUAGAGCAAACACAGGGUGAAAGAAGAAUCCAAAAUACGAGUCACAAUUAAUCUUUCUGAAUCAGUGUUCCUGCCAAUGCAGGGCAACCUGCAAAAAUGCAAUAUGGUUCUGAAUAGAUGAGACAGAUGAGUGCGAAAAGCAAAUUAAUAUUAACCACUGAGUGGUCUUUAGUAUAAUAAAGAAAUUGUUUUUCCUCAGUAGGUAAAGCCAAGUGCCAUAAUUCACUGAGUAAAAGGAGGAGACACUUGGCAGCUUGGCACCAGUACUAAUGAAGCCAAUAGCCUUCUCUGCUUUCUCCUUUUGGCUGGCUUUCCUUUUGGCUGGCUUCCUUGGCAUACACACCACUGGCAGUUUUGUGAGAAGUCAGAAGAACCAUACGCUAAUUUUCACCAAGGAAAACACAAUUCGCAACUGCAGCUGCUCAGUGGAUAUCCGCGAUUGUGAUUACUGCCUGGCAAAUCUGAUGUGCAAUUGCAAAACAGUGCUGCCUUCUACCAUGGAAAAAACUAUCUACAACAGCCACCUGACCAUCUGGUUCACAGACACGUCUGUGCUGGAGAUGCUCCUCAACUUCACAUGGGUGUGGGAUUUGAAGCUGUCCUUCUGUGGCACCACUCCUCUCCCAACAGAAUACUUGGCCAUUUGGGGACUUCAAAAGCUCCAGGUAAAGAAGGCCAAGGGACGAUUUCCAGAGCAGAGUGUAACCAUCUACAGCAGCAGCAACGAUGAAAAAGACAACUCAUUUGUGGUGUACAACAAAGAUAGGCAAAUGCUUGUAUACCUUUCCUUUCUGGAUACCUCACUUUUCAAUGAAUAUUCUCUGCUGAAGUCGUACAGUGUGGAAAACAUCUCUAGUAUCACAGAGCAUUUCCCCAGCCUGCUGUACUCUGAUGUUUUCUCAACCUCAGAUAACAAGAGCUAUGUUGUAACAUUUAUUUACUGAGUUAUUUAACAUAUUCGGUAGUCAGAGGCAUUGAAAAAUGCUAAAAGAGAGAUAGGAUUUCUUCAAGUUUGUUUGGUUUGGCCAAGAGGAGCUGUUAUGGGAUGGACAGUUGUGACUGUGACAGGUCUCUACAAGGAGGUGUCUAAAGUAAGACAUUCAUCAGACUAAUUCAGUAAAUGUUUUCUUAAAGAGCAAAGAAAAUGUGAAAUGACUGUUUUAGAAAGCGUUUGUACAAAUUCUUUUUCUAUAUCGUAAGCUAAGAAUUAAAAUCAGCAGAUAAAUUUUGUUUUAAGGUUAUGCCUCAGAUAGAAAAAGACAUAACCUUGUACAUCCAGUUGUAGAAAACCCUGAGCCUCCCAGAGAAUCACUCAGGUUAGAUGGCAGCUCAAGAGGUCACCAGUCCAACCCCCUGCCCCGAGCAAGGCCACCUCUGGGAUCAGUCAAGGCAAUUCAAGGUUUUCUGCAGUCAGGUCCUGAAAAGCCUCAAGGAAUAUCCUGCACAACCUCAUUGGGCAACCCGCUCCACUGCCUGCCUGUCUCCAUGGGGAAACUUUUUUUAAUGCGUUAACCCCAGCCUUCCCUUCUCCAGGCUGGGCAAACCCUGUUCCCUCAUGCACAGUCACGUGCCAGCCCCUGACCAUCUUGGUGCCUCUCCACUGGACCACUUCAGUUUAUCCAUAUCCUACUUGUGAGGGGGCCAAAACUGGGUGCAAUACUCUGUAUGCAGUCUAGUAAGAGCUGGGACAAGAGGAAUAAUCCCUUCCCUCCAUCUGCUGGCUGUGCCCCUGUUGAUACAGCACACAGCUGUCUGGUUCAAGGAGUGCAAGGCGGUAACAGGUUACUCAAACUGGGAGUGUUUUGUUGUCCUUGCCCCCUGGUACUUGGUCAGAGUUGGGCACCCUCUGCUCGGACUGGGUGACACAGCUUCUUAGGAAAGCAGGGAAGGGCUGCACAGGCAGCCUCCAACCUCAGUACUCAACCAAAGCUGCGUUCUCUGCCAAGCCACAGCACACAUCAUGAGGAAGCACUGGGCAAGAGGCCACCUGACAGGUGAGAUAUCAUGCUCACAAAGAUGCUUUACCCAGGGAAAGGCCUCCCUCUUGCAUACUGGGUAUGCUGAUCUCUGCAGUUUCCUCAAAUGCAAAAGAAUUUGACUUCAUCUUUUGUGAUAACAGCAAGCUCUGCCCGUGUUCUCCCCUGUGAGAAAAGAGAAAGACCCCAUCCAACAACUCUCAUCUGAUAAGGGAGGAGAGGCAAAGCUUAUGGCAGACAUGUAGCAAAGAAUCUUCAGAUAUGUUUUGAGAUAAAUUUUGCCAUUCCCUGAAAAACAUAUGUCGGGACUAUUGAUAUAGCCCAAAGUCUGCUCCUUGCACAUCUGCAGGAUUUGCAUUCUAUGAGAUACAAUUAAGGCUGGGAUCCAUCCAUGUAGCACAAUAAAGGCUUUGGAAUAUCAAGUCCUAGCAGUCUUGCAUUUCCAGCAAAGGAUUACAUGAACUUGAGAUAAAAUGCAUGUAUUGAGGGGAAUGACUAUGAAGAUUCCAAGGAAUCAAUAAAUUUGUUUCAACAGAAGAAAGACUUUUUCUAUAGCUAUAAUCAAUUAUAGAGCAGUUUUGCUGGGAAGCAAAACUGAAUUUUUCAGAAUUCUUAAAUACAUGCACUCCCUCCAUUACUGUGAGCUUUCCCACUGCAAUCAACAAUGUGGUAGCUAUUGAAUUAAUAGGGUCUAUUUGCAAUAGCAAAUAAAUGGAUUUAAGCAUAUGGAUGUUUGAAGGCUGGGGACUGAACUUGGUUUAACUCAACCAGAGAACUAUUAAAUCAGUUGUUGUAAAAAUGUUGUUUCUUUUGUCAGCACCUUGGCAACAAACCGUAAGCCUUCUCCCCUAAUCACAAAUAUUUCUAGUGAUACCUCUCACGGUUGUGUCACAGGUUACAAAAUGGUCAGGAGCUGGAGCUGGAGAUGGGCUGACAGAAAUUGGCAGUGUGGUGUGGGAAGGGAAUGUUCUGAGUAUAUUACAUGCCUGAAAUGUAUUACAGACGCGGGCAAAUAAUUUAUACUGUCUGCCCAGGAACCCCAUGCUCCAACCAUCUGUGCAAGACCACUAACUUUUCCCUCACAAACUGAAUAGUCACUAAUCCUGCACAGUGUAGCACCAAUUUUUAAAAAAUAGAGCUGGCACACACAAUUAUAUUAACUUCUAAAUGUUACCAACCCUCUUAUCAAAACCUGGGAAAAUCAAACCUAAAUGAUCUUCAGCGACUUCACUGAGGCUCUGCUGCCCUCUAGUAAAAAAUGUGCUGAAUUAACACAGCACUUCCACAUUGCCAUGACAGCAGGGGUUGGCUAAUGUCACUGUUCAAAAUUCACAUAUGCAGUAGUAACUGAGAAUGUAUGUAUCCUGGCCUUGUUGGGAAGAUACCAUGAGGUUAAUAAAUCCAUGGGGUGUCAUCCAGAAGGACCUGGACAGGCUGGAGAAGUGGACCUGUGAGAACCUCAUGAGGUUCAACAAGGCCAAGUACAAGGUCCUAC